AGAUAGUCAUGUUAAAAUGGCGUGGUUCGUGAUUAGUAGCAAACGUAUUCUGCUGAUAAAAGAGAUAAUUAAUUUGAACUUUGAGAUGUUGUGUCUGAUAGAUAUCCAAGGUUACUAAAGUAAUUUGCAUGUUUCCUAGUAGAUAAGUUAUGUUCAGUGGGAGGUGUCUUCAGAUGAAGUUAUGUAUCUCGCUCCUACUGAUAUAAGUUGCAGAAGCCAGUUAAAAAGAGUUCCCCAUAAUCUCUGGUACAUGCUGCAGUACAGAAACCAGUGCAAAGGACCCAGCCAGCCACACAGACAAAACCGAUUAUCUGCUUUCUGCAUUUUACAGAUGACGCUCAAUACCUGAUGGAAAAGCACUUUGGAAAGCUGCAUGAAUACCAUUUGGAUGGUUUCACCUAGUCUUACUAGUUCUGGUUAUGAAUACCCUGCUGCAGUCCCUGCUGUGUCAUCAGGCUCUCUCAGAAUACGCACAUCAUGACAAACAUCUGCUGGUACCAAAUACUGUAGCACUGUCGGACAACUUCUUCCUUAUAUAUGAUAAUAGAACCCAUUGCUCUGUAGUCUGCAGUUAAGGAAAGUAUUCAGGCAAAAGCUUUAUUAAUGAAAGAGGAUGUGGUGUGUACACUUGAUCUUCUUAUCUGCUUUCUUCUUGGUUUCCAUCACAUCAGAAUCAUUUGAUGCAAUGGAAGGUGAUGCUUUAGUUAUAAAAUGCCCCUCACAGAGUUCGUAUGUGAGAGUCACCUGGUAUCACACAGAGACUAACAAAAUAAUUCCUGCAGAAGAAGAGGGAUCACGAAUAUUUUCCUUAAAAAGAUUACUUUGGUUUCUGCCAACUACUAGAGAAGAUUCUGGAAACUACACUUGUGUUAUACAUUAUUCAAACAAGGUCACAAAAGAGUUCAACGUAAGUGUGCAGGUGCAUCUGUAUAAGCAAGAAAUAUGUUUCCCAAGUCAAAUACGUUAUCCAAAUGACACUGGAAGAGGAAAAAUUGUUUGUCCUACAUUUGACAAUUAUAAGAAUGCUACUAUCGUCCAGUGGUAUAAGGACUGCAAACCUCUAGAGGGAGAGAGAUACUUCAAGAGAGAUAAAUAUAUUUUUAUUAACAAUCCAGGAAAAGAGGAUGAUGGAUAUUAUACUUGUCAAUUCAUCUAUACACACAACGGAAAUGCAUUUAAUGUAUCAGCAACAAGAAUUUUUAUAAGUAAUGCAAAACACUCACCACUGCCUCCUCAAAUUAUAUUUCCAAAAGAUAAUGAUGUAAUACAAGUGGAUCUUGGUGCUGCUUUGUCUCUGAAAUGUCAGGCCCGUCUGGGGAUUAAGAAACAGCCUAUAGCUGUUGUCACAUGGGAUGUGAAUAACAUUCCAGUAAAAAACUUUGAUUUUUCAAGAUUUCGUGAAGAAACUCUUUUUUUUGAAGGACAUGAUCAAGAGUAUUACAGGGAGACCACUUUACAUAUUACUGAAGUAAAAAAGGAGGAUCUACAGGCAAAUUUCACAUGUGUAGCAGUGAAUGAAAUGGAAAACACAAAGGCUACAGUGACAUUACAAAUGAAGGCACAAUUGGAUCAUUCCAGUGUCCUCAUGAUCAUAGGAUUUCUAGUUCUGUUAAUAAUAAUAGCAGUCUCUGUUGUACUUUAUCAGUUUUUCCGAGUUGAUAUUGUUCUAUUGUAUCGGGAUAUAUUUCAACCCUACUCAGUCAAGGAUGAUGGGAAGAUAUAUGAUGCAUAUGUUAUCUACCCCAAAAGCCACACCAGCAAAGCUAAUUUUGUGGAAUACUUUGUUUAUCAAAUUCUUCCAGAUAUUCUAGAAAAUGAAUGUGGAUAUAAAUUAUGCAUUUAUGGGAGAGAUAUAUGUCCUGGAGAAGAUACAGCCAGUGCAAUUGAAAAGAGGAUACAGAAGAGCAGACGGCUGAUCAUCAUUCUAACACACCAGUCGAUUCAUUGUGAAGAUCUUUCUUAUGAUCAGCAUAUUGCUUUAUACAGUGCCCUCAUUCAAAAUGAUACUAAGGUGAUCCUUCUGGAAAUGGAGACAAUUGGGACUUAUGAGAAGCUUCAGGAAUCUCUUAGGUAUAUCAUUAAGCAACAAGGUACCAUCAAAUGGAAAGAGCCACCCAUAGGACACCCACAGUCAUCCAAUUCUAAGUUCUGGAAAUAUGUGAGGUAUCAUAUGCCACUGACACACAAGACUUCAUACUCAGCUAAUGCUGGGUGAACAAUGAGUUUAAGGAAAUACUGAUAUACUAUCAGCCUGAACUAUGUACCUGCAUCUCCUUUUCCUUUCAGUAGGCAUAGGAUUUUGCAGUAUGGAAGUCUGGCUGUGUUUUUUCACUUUUUUUCAAUCCUUCAAUUGAGUAAAGAUAAGGUAAACUGAAAAAGAGGGUUUGGGGAACUGAACAGAGUUUGUAGAGGUAUCAGAAUUCUAUAAAUAAAUCAUUUAGACUGAGUGCAGCAUUUAUGUCCUGAAUCGACAUGCAAAACACAAUGUACAUGUAUUUUUUCUAUAUAUUCAUAUGCAUAUAACUGAAAGUUUUGAUUCUGAACAGCAGAAUAUUCUGCAGGCUUGCAUUAUGUUUCAA